ACCCGCUUCGAACUUCACGAACCACAACAGAAAGCUGCUGCCUCCAGGUCGUGUAAUUACCCCAUGUGUUAAGAAUAAUAUCACUUUUAAUCACUGAAAUCUAGGCUAACUGCGUUGGGACAUGGCUGGUUUACCACCGGGAGACCCACAGCUAGUGUCGAUGAUCGUCAGUCAUUUAAAAACACAGGGGCUCUUUGACCAGUUCAGGAGGGACUGUCUGGCAGACGUUGAUACAAAGCCAGCCUACUUGAACUUGAAACAAAGAGUGGACAACUUUGUUUCUAAUCACCUGUCUAACCACACAUGGAGCCCACAUUUGAACAAGAACCAGCUGAGAAACAACAUCAGACAGCUUGUGCUGCAAUCUGGGAUGCUGGAGCAGGGAGUCGACAGGAUUGUCGCCCAGGUGGUGGAUCCCAAAAUCAACCACAUCUUCAGGCCGCAGGUGGAGAGGGUGGUCCGUGAAUUUCUGUCGCCUGGCAGCUGCUCCGAGGAGCCACUGGCCCCACUGCCUUCAGCAGAGACCAAACCAGACAGCAGCAUUCUUGAGCAGGCCUCGUCGUCUGCUCCAGCUCCCACUGCAGCCAGCGACGCCAUGUCCAUCCUGGACACAAUAACUUCUCUCAAUCAGGAGGCUAGCGUUAGGGCCAGCUCAGGCACAGAGAAAGGACGUAAAGGCCAAGUUUCAGAUGAGCCCAUGCAGCUGUUGGAGGAGGGCGAACAGUAUAUGAGUAUUGUAGAGGAAGGGGACAGCCACCAUGAAGGGAGGACCCUGGAAGAGGCAGAGGAAACAAAGGUGGCAUCAGAGAUCCAGGCAGUAGAAGUGAAGUCAGAGGACACUCAGGAACAGAUGGAACUGGGAAAAGAGGGUUUAAUAGAAGACGUGAAGAUGGAGGAUGAGGAGUUAGGAGCUCAGGAGCAGACAGAGGAGGAGAAAGACAAUGCUAACAGCCGAACCCCUGGAAAACCUUUAGAAGAGAAACAGGACGAUGAGCUACUGAAAUCCACAAGUCAGGCCAAGCAGAAAGCCAGAGAGAGGAUAAAGGAAGAAUACUCUUUGGAGGACUCUGACCUGGAAGGCCUGAGCGACAUCACAGUGAGUUCCGUCCACACCAGCGACCUGUCGUCAUUUGAGGAGGAAAGUGAAGAUGAGGAGCUGCUGUCUGACUCUUCCGAAGAAGGGGAGCUUCCACCUGACGAUCAAGGAGAGAGAGCAGAAAAGAAACAUGCCAGUGGAGACGCAGGAGAAGAAGAGCGUAAGCCUCGCCGUAAGGCCUAUGUUCACAAGCCCUUCCUCUACUCCCGUUACUACAGCGACUCGGAUGAUGAAAUCACUGUGGAGGAACGUCGGAGAUCUGCGGCAAAGGACAAAGAGGAAAGGCUGCUCAAGAGACAGCAGAACAGAGAACGUAUGGAAGAAAAGCGCAAACAGAAAGCAGUGCAGGCUGAAGAACAAGAUCACAAAAAACAAAAGGGUGGAGACUCUGCUGGGCUGGAGCGCCCCAGAGCCAAAGAGGCUCGCAAAGAAAGGAAAGUUCUGGAGAAAAAAAUGGCUCUUAACAGGAAGAGGAAACUAGACUCACGGAAAGAGGGAGAUGCUGCAAGCAAGAGGAAAGGAGACACAGGAGGAGAAGGAUCCAAGAAAGUGGAAGUGAAAUCUGCCACUUCAAAGACUCCACAACCAAAAUUGAUGAGAAAUCUGUCAGAAUCAGCAUCAUCUGACGAGAGGCACAGAAGGAUGAGCGGCAGCAUCUCAGAAGAUUCCAGUGAAACUAAAAAGCUGUCUGACAAAGGCCGGACACACUCCUUCAUCCUGGACUUGGAGCAAGGUUCCCAAGAGGCUCUUAAACAACGUUCAGUUGGAAAAUUUGACCGUCUUUCCCGUAAAGAACUUCACUCUAAAGAACGCAAAGAAAAGGAGCGCAGCCUUUCAGAUGAACGUGCCAAACUCAAACCAAAGCAGGAGAAGAAAUCUGAACAUCAGGCAGAUGAAACUCAGCAGAAGGAAAGUGUUAAAGUGUCAUCUGAGGAGAAAGGUGAGAAGAAGCCAAAGAUUAAAAGCGAGAAGAAAGUGACAGGAAACACAAGAGAAGGAAAGGUGUCUGUGUCUGAAGGUGUUGCUGACGAGGGUCCUAAAGAUGCAAAGAAAGUGAAAGCCCCAUCAGUUGAGGCUGUCAAAGCAGAGAAGGACAAGGAGAAGCAGAAGGACAAAAUUAGAGAAAAGGACAAAGAUAAAGAUAAGAGCAAAGAAAAAGAAAAGGCUAAAGGAGAGAAAACUUCAGCCAAAAGUGAUUUCAAGCAGCUUCUCCGCCCAGACUCUGCCGGUUCCUCUGAGGAUCGGUCUGACAUGGAACCUGGACCAGACAGCAGCAAGAAGAAAGAUAAACACUCCAAGGAAGUCCUAAAAAGGUCAAAGAGCCACACUGAGGAAAGGCAAGGAGAAAAACCCAAAUCUACAACAGAUAGUAAAGACACAGAGAAGGAGAAGACUAAACCAGAUCAAGACAGUCAGAAAUCAAACAAGUCCAGCUGUGAAACAGACAAAGAUCCAAAAAGAGUCAAGACAACAGAAAAAGGAAGAAUCAUGGAAAAAUCCAAAUCCAAAUCCAAAGAGGAAACAAAGGCUCCAUUGUUAUCAAAGACUGAUAAGAAAGUUCAGAGUUCAGAAGUCAAAAGUGCAGGGGGUGCAUCUAUCAGCAAACCAGAGGCAACAAAGGAAAGGAAAAAAGAGGGAAACGCAAAGGAACAGCGGAAAAUCUCUGACGACCCGUCAUAUGAGAGAUCAGAAAUUAAGAGUGCAAAGAAAAAACUAGAGAAGAAGGAUAAAGUCCCAGAAAAGAAAGACGACAGCCAAGAAGAAAGGAAGGAACCUAGAGAAGAAAAAUUGGAAAAGUCUGAUAAGUCUUCAAAGUCUUCCGUUUCUUCUGUGAGUCUUGAGACAGAAGAGCUAUCUACGAAACAAUCUCUUCUCCGAGAGACAAGCACGGACUCUGAUCCCGUCACCACCACUGUUACCACCUCGUUCUCAGAUGACACCUGCGAUGCUUUGAGUGACAUCACCCCCGAGCCACCCGAAGGAGAAACCGAGUCACGGCUCGGUGAGAUGCCUGCUGUGCCGGCUGAGGCCGACGCUCUGCUGACACUUAUGGACGUUUGUGCCUCAGCAGAGGCCAGACUUCCACCUGAGAGCAUUGGAGAGGAUGUGACUGCUGAGAUGGUGCUUCAGGAUGCGGAUAUGAAAAUGAAAGAGGCAGCUCUGACUUUGCUCUCUAUGGAUCCUGACAGUACAGUGUCCUCCAGCUUAAUCAGUCAAGAUACCAGGGAAGAACCAGAGGUGACCCCACCCGCCCCACAACCGAUGGAAACAACUGCAGCUGAAGAGGAAGAGGAGCUUCCUACUAUGGAUGUGCAAACAGCUGCUGAAACUGAGUUCAUAGCCACUGAGCUGUCUCCACUUCCAUCCCAACAAACUGCUGAGCCUGCUGAUGAAAAACCAAACACUGCAGAUGAGUCUGAAAACUCACAGAGAGAAAUGGACACUUCAAAGGUUAAAACUUCUGAAAUGCUUGCUCCACAGGAGGAUGACACUACCUCAAAUGAAUGUCAGGCUUCUUUGAAUGAGGAUGAAGCCAACAAGGCAGAAAUGACUCCUGAAACACAGCCAGAUGAGAAAAUGCCAUCACCAGCAACUGACAAAGAAGCUGCUGAAUGCUGUUGUGUCCGAAACAAAAGAGGUCAGCGGAAGCACAGAGGAAAACACGGUGGUUGUUGUUUCUGAUACCUCUGAAAAAGCUUCCGAAAUGUCCAGUAAACAAGAUCAAAGUGAGCCAGAUGUUGGAGACACAAACACAAGCCCCAUGGCAGAGGAAGUGGUUGCUGAGGAGAACAAGGCCAAGAUGGACAUAGAUAA